AAAUAGUUGAUUAAAAAUUUCUCUAAUUUGGAUUUCUUCUCCUUCAAGACUCGUUUUUUUUUUAAUCCAAGAGAAAAGCGCCUGAAAGUUUCAUUACUCUCUGAACUUACUAGAUCUUCAACACUUCAAAAAAUCAUCAAAUUUUCCGUCGCUUUCUUCUUUGUAAUCGUAACUUCAAACUACAAAAUCAAAAAAGGUCGAAAAUGUCGUUUGAAGUUCCUCCAGGGGGCGGAUUUAGCUUUGACAAUUGCAAAAGGAAUGAGAUGUUGAUUAAUAAAGCUGGUCUCAAAUCUCCUACUUAUCUCAAAACUGGUACUACUAUUGUCGGUCUUAUUUUUCAGGAUGGUGUUAUACUUGGUGCUGACACAAGAGCGACAGAAGGCCCCAUCGUGGCUGACAAGAACUGUGAAAAAAUUCAUUACAUGGCGCCAAACAUAUACUGCUGUGGUGCAGGGACUGCUGCCGAUACAGAGGCAGUGACUGACAUGGUUAGUUCUCAAUUAAAGCUUCACAGGUAUCACACUGGCCGUGAAUCGAGGGUUGUUACAGCUCUUACUCUUCUGAAGUCCCAUCUUUUUAGGUAUCAAGGACAUGUCUCUGCAGCACUGGUGCUAGGUGGAGUUGAUGUGACCGGACCUCAUCUACAUACUAUAUACCCUCAUGGAUCAACAGACACACUUCCUUUUGCGACAAUGGGAUCAGGUUCCCUUGCUGCAAUGGCUAUCUUUGAAUCAAAAUACCGCGAAGGCUUAUCCAGGGAGGAAGGAGUCAAACUAGUGUGCGAGGCAAUCUCCUCAGGUAUCUUUAAUGACCUUGGGAGUGGAAGCAAUGUGGACGUAUGUGUCAUAACAAAGGGAAAUGUUGAAUAUUUAAGAAACCAUGUGCAGCCAAAUCCUCGUACCUACAAUAGUGCUAGGGGAUAUUCAUUUUCUAAGCCUACAGAGGUUCUAUCCACCAAGGUUGUAUCUUUGAAAGAGGCUGAGAUGGUUGAGGGAGGUGAUGCAAUGGAAGAGUAAUGGUCUUUGUAAUACCAUUAUCAGGUUUUUCUUCUUAUUAAAUGUUAUAACUUUGGAUUAAAAUGCAAUUGAAAUGUGGAUUGAGAAAAAUACUUGUGGAUUCCUUUGAGGGUAUUAUCAUUUAAAAAAUCUUGAGUACUUCA